AUGAUUGUUUUACUACUUUUAGUUACAGCGACUGCAGCAGAUGAUGGAGUUUUCGACAUCAGAUACCCGAGUGUCGUCGUAGCGGCCCAGGAUGACGGUAACGUUUCCUUACAGGCUGGUCGUAUGACCCAGGACUUGCACGUACUGCCCGGACCAAAUGGAGGUUCUGUGUACUUGGAGGACGUAGACCUACGUCACAUUAUCCAGAUUGCUACUAGUUUACCACCUGUUUGGUCUGCGCAUGCUCAUGUUGGAUUCUUCGGCACCUUUAAAGGAGAAGAGAAGGUUGACUUGAAACUUGAAGCAGAGGAUCCAGAAGGCGGUACCAUCACCUUCGCGCUUGUCGCCGGAGAUCUUCCACCAGGUAUCAAGCUGAACGGCACAACCGGUCACGUGGUGGGCGAGGUUCCUGAUGAAACCAAUAGCUACUCAUUCACAAUCCGUGCAUUAGACUCGCAUAAUAAAUACGCCGAUGCUGUUUUCAGGAUGGAAACAUUAGAAUUUGAUCAUUGUACGUCGAAUCCUUGUCAAAACAACGGAGAGUGUACGGAUACGAAGGCAGGGUUUACCUGUAACUGUACAAUAACCUUCGGAGGCCAAAAGUGUGAAUACGCAUGUACUAGUCGGGCUGUUGGUGUACAGCACCGGUACACCAUACCCGACGCUCAGAUGACUGCCUACCAAACCUACAGUACGCUUUUGCCAUCCAAUGGUAGAUACGCCGCCAGCGGCUACGGAUGGUGUGGAGAAGACUCCAACUCAUGGCUCCAGAUCGAUUUAGGUAACCUGACUAGGAUCUACAGAGUGAUGACCCAAGGCUAUUCUCGUUCCCAGUACACGACAGCCUACACCCUAGCCUGCAGCACUGACGGUAACAUCUUCCAGAAAAUCAACGGCACGAACGGAAAUGAUUAUACAUUUCUUGCGAGAUAUUCAUCAAGCCCGUACUUCCAAAAUCUACCAACGCCCAUAGUUGCUAGAUUUAUUCGUUUCCAUCCCACCUCUUAUUCAAGAAGACCUUGUUUAAAAGUGGAAGUCUACGGAUGCCAUGUGUACGGGUCUGAAUGA